ACUUUGCGUCUACGUUUAUCGUCCGCGCAAUUGACAGACACCUUACCCUUUUGUAAACGACUACGCCCGCAACUUUAUAAGUAACUGCCUCAUUUUUACGACGAGUCUUUCAACCGGAGUAUUCCCGAUCGGACGACACCAUGGUAACUUUAACGUGUUUCUGGUUCUCGUUCCUUUGUUACUUGGUGUGUAUCAAGUGCGCGGCAGUUUUCGAGGAUACAGCAACCCUGAAGACUGUUGGGAGUGUAGAUGAAGAUUCGAGGAAAGGUUGGAAGCUUUUCGAAGAGUCAUCGAACUUGCAAACUACACCUUAUUCGAUCGAUUCGAUAGAACGUACAGUGGAGAAGGAAGUUUUUAGAAAAUUGAAAAAUCCCGGUGAUGAUGGGAUUUUUAUUUUCUCCGCGGACACGUGUAACAAAUACUGCAUCGAUAGAAUAGACAAAACCGGAGUUAGUAUUCAAUAUAUUACUCUCAUCUGGAUAGCUGACGAUAUUGAUACAUUAGAUCUACUAAAAGAUCAUUCACUAUUCAAAACAGAUGCACGAAAUUCGAAUAUCGCCGCAAGAGACUGUCAAAUUUACCUUGACCUAAACUGUAACAUUAAAACAAGAACUGCCACGAAUUAUACGAAUAAAGAAUUCUAUUCUUCAGAAAACAAUGAAAAGAAUGAAAGUUAUCGUGGAGUUACAAAUUCUAUAAAAAUAGCAGAAAAAUACAAUUUGAGAGGAGAGACGCAAACGAAUUUCUCAGUGGGUAGCAGCACGAUUCGUCGAAUCACAAUAGACAUCGACGGAAACAUUUCCAACGCAAUGCUUCAAAUACCAAUGCAAGCAACAGUGUCAAGGCACGUAACGGCGAUAUCUUGGACACGUAAGAGCGAUGCAGAAGGGGUGAGAAUCGACACGCGAAACGUGCCAUCUGGCGAAUGGUGGAUGAAACUCACAGGGGAGGAAGAUUCGAAAUAUCACGUUCUAGUGGAAGGUUUCGUCGAUGAAAGGAACGACGUGGACAAAUUGUUUUCACCGAGUCUACAAUUGAAUGGAAAUAAUAAAGUAAGUAGACGUGAUCGUUCAAAUACAAAGGAUAAUAUAUCUCAAGAUGAUAAAGAGACAUUCAAUGAUAAAAUAAUGGCGCUUCAUUCUGAAAGAACUGCGGAUGAACAACAAAAUAUAGAUAUUCCAACUACUGAGACAUUAAUGAGAAAUAAAAAAACAACUCGAGAACGAUCAUUAAAAUAUCUUGUUCAAGAUGAAGAAGCAAACAAGCAAAUGAAAGAAACUUCUACAGAAAAUAAUUUAUCAAUAAUUACUCCUAAUACCGAAAGCAUGCUUGUUAAUUUUAUCGAGUAUGUUACUUUACAUAUCGAUAAAAGUCCAUCCACUACCUCGAUUUCUUCGAACGAAAAAUUUGUUGAACCAAUGAUUCCAAUAGAGGAGCAAGGUAAACUUCGAGGAAGAUCUUCGAUUGGAGUAAUCGAAAACGUUGACGCUGAUAUCGAAACACCAAUACAGAAAACUGUUAAUAUAUCUACAAGGAUGAUAGAAUCUUUGGAUAAUAGUGAAUUAUCUGAAGAGUUGGUAAAUUAUGGCAGCGAAAAUAUUAUCGAGGAGAAAAAAAUACUGAUAGAGAUAAACAAGAACAGCAAAUUGCUUGUCUCACCAGGAAGGACACACAGAAUAAUAUUUGAUGUAAUGAAUAGCUGUGUUUUGCCUGUCAAAUAUACAUACAGAGUAAACAGCUUUCCUUUCAGAGUGUAUAACGUUCAACCAAUUUCCACAUGGGUAUAUCCUGGACAGAUAAGCAAUGUAGCGAUAGAUUUAGAGGUACCCAAUAGUGCUGUACCAGAUACAACUAAUACUGUAACAUUAUCUAUUUUGGGUACAAAAAUAAAAGAAAAAUCUGUAUACUUAUAUGUGCAAGGACCACUUUUAGAGCUAACCGAUAAUGUAAAACCAACUAUGGAAUACUCUUUCAAUGAUAACUGUGCUGGAAAAUUAGAAAAAGACAGAUGCUAUAAAUCUCGUUGGAGCAUUGAUAUCACAAUUCAGGACUACGAUUCAGGUUUAAAACGUGUCAUGUCAUCAAUAAACAAUAUUUAUCCACGUACGGAAUUUAUUAGUGGCACAAGAAGUCCUGUAACAUUUUAUUAUUCUGCCACGUGUUGUGAUAAGAUUGUCGAAAUUACAGCAAUAGAUUUAUUAAAUAAUUACAACACUAUGACAAUAGAUGUCACAGCAUGGAACAACUUAUCAGAAGCACAAAUUGCAGCUAUUACAAUGGGGGCAUUGUUAGCUUUGCUUCUCCUUAUUGUAAUCAUUGUUUCAAUCAUAUAUUGCAUUCAAAGAAGGAAAAGUCAUGAUUUUCCUUAUACACAACGAUAUGGAUCUAGGCCAUCUACGCAACCAGAAAGAACUAAUGUCUAAUCUUUUAUUAAAAUUAAAACAUAUAUCAAACCAUGAUAUAAUCUGAGUAUUCAAUUCUUAUUAUUAUAUAAGUUAAUAUUACAAAUUAACAUUAGAUCUAAGAUGCAAUUAUAUUAAUUAUAUCUGUAAUAAUGUAUAUAAAAUGUUGUUAAUAAAUUUUUAUUAUAAUCUUA